CUGUUCCUGUCGGAUGAGUGUUUAAGACGGACUCGGGGUUUAAACGGGUUAUGUGGUUUUGGCCAACAUUUAUUUUCCAAAAAACCGCUCACCGUUUUUAGUCCGGUAAUAUGUGAGUUUUUAGUGAAACUAAUCAUUAACCUUUGAUGGUCAGAGGAAAUAAAGCCGAAAGUCGAUGCGGGGUUAGCCGGAGCACUGGAGCCUGAGAACCGCUUCAUGCUACGUGUCCAGCCCGGUCCAGCCCGUUAGCUCCCACAGCUAAAGCCUCCGGGUCGGAUCCGCUCUGAACAUGGAUUUUAACGCCUGACUUCACCGUGAAACCGGUGAAAAGAGAUCCAGCACGGAGGUCCAGAUGGAGGAGCCACACGGAAUGGAAUGAACCGGGUGUGACAGUUUGUUCACUGAAAGCAGCCGGUAAACAUGAUGUAUUCAUCCAGAAGAAAGCCCGUUCUGUACUUCAAAGAGGAAAGGAGGCUGCUGUCGGGGAACUGCACCAUCUACAAGCUUUUUGGGCUCUGCAUGGUGCUGGUUCUGAUCUCUCUGCUCUGGCUGCAGCUCAGUUGUUCAGGAGACAUGUCCACAUCAUCAGAAAAAGACCACCGUGACCUCCAGCAACCACCACCCUGCCUGUCAAACACUCAGGCCCCUGCAGCGGACGACACUUCCUGGGGUCCUCACAAACUGGCUCUGGUGGUCCCCUUCAGGGAGCGCUUCGAAGAGCUGCUGGUUUUUGUUCCAUUUAUGCACACAUUUCUCAACAAGAAGAAGAUUCGACAUAAGAUCAUCGUCAUCAACCAGGUGGAUCACUACAGAUUUAAUCGUGCCUCACUGAUCAACGUGGGAUACCUAGAGAGCGGGAACGAUACGGAUUACCUGGCCAUGCAUGAUGUGGACCUGCUGCCCAUGAAUGAAGCCCUGGACUACGGGUUCCCCGUAGACGGGCCUUUCCACGUCGCCUCACCAGAGCUGCACCCCCUCUACCAUUACAAGACCUACGUAGGAGGAAUCCUGCUGCUCAGCAAGAGGCAUUAUCACAUGUGUAACGGGAUGUCGAAUCGGUUCUGGGGCUGGGGCAGAGAGGAUGACGAGUUCUACAGACGGCUGAGGAAAGCUGAGCUUCAGCUGUUCCGACCCAGCGGCAUCACAACAGGAUACAAAACCUUCCUCCACAUCCACGACCCGGCCUGGAGAAAACGGGACCAAAAGAGAGUCGCUGCUCAAAAACAGGAACAGUUUAAGGUGGACCCUGACGGAGGGCUGACCAAUCUUCGGUACCAGGUGGAGUCCCGGCAGGAGCUGACAAUCAGCGGUGCUCCGUGCACCAUCAUCAACACCAAAUUGGAGUGUGACCAGAACCAGACUCCCUGGUGUCUCCUGGGUUAAAGAACGGUUCUGGAGUCACUAAGACUGCUUCAGACAGAACCGUCACACAACAAACCAACCAUGGGAACUGUUUCAGGUACAUAACAGGUAUGGAAGUGCUGAUCCAAAGGACCUGGGACUCUCCAGCACCGGGUUAAGAACCUCCUAGUGAAACGGACCAUCAGGAGAGGUUUCCUCAUCUCGCUGCUCGUUUUGGUACCACCAGAAUGAAAGUCAGGUCUGGAUUCUGGUUCUGUAAACAUAGGCAGUCGGAUUUCAGCUUUUUAUCAUGUUUAUGAUGGUCAAGAUGAAACUGACCCAUCAGAACCAGUUUUGGACUGGUUUCUAUUUGAGUUGUUUGGUUUCAGACUUUACACUUUGAUGGAACAGAGAUGUUUUUAUUUUAUUUUAUUUUCAUUACCCUUUGGUAAAGUUCUGAUCAUUUUUAUGACUCAAUAUCUGGUAAUUUAAAGGACAAUAAUGUACAAUAAAGAAGUGGUACUGAA